AUGAGCUCUUACUCUAGGAAAGACUUGGUCACCAGGCACGAGCGCACUUUGCAUGCUCACGAUCAGGAGCCACAGCAGUACGGACAGAAUGAUGCAGACGGCGAGUUCGUGGCCGAUCAAGUAAAUGUCGCCUGGGCACCUCCUACGCGGUCGGCAGCCCCGGACACGCCUCCCCAAGAUCCCCAAGCGCUCGAUACUUGUCACCAUCUCGAUCUUGCACCCAGAGCUGCGUCCCUAGAGCAUGGGAACGGAGGAGCCCUCUCGCCGUCUUCUUCAUCCACGACGCCCUCCAGUACUUCCCAAAGCGUCGCCAGUCGCCUAGCUUCUCUCGACGGGGCAGAUUCCGCUGUUGCGAUGAUUGCGGAGACUGUGAGCAUAGGCACCGCCCACCAUGGCCCAAGAGAUACAUCAGUAGCUGCCGAGAGUGUCGCGAUUAGCCACCCUCGGCCAGUUUCUAGCCACAGCUCCCAGAAUCCGCCUCUCGACUCCUUGCGCCAUGCAAGCGACCAACACAACAGUAAUGGCGCGAUUGAUACAGAUAUCGCUAUAGACAUGGACAUUGACCAUCUGAUUCCAUAUACACAAUCACCAGUGGACAAAGGCAUCUUCCCACAUCAGCAUCGGCAGCGUCAGAGCCAGAACCAGAGCCAGUCAUUGCCUUCCAACCCCAUUGUCCAAGACUCCAUGCCCUUCACCUUCUCACCGAUGCCCGAUGUCGACUUGGAUCUCUCGGGAUUUACAUUCACCCCUCUCGCCGCUGAUCUAUUCGACCCGCCACAGAACCAGCAGAGUAUUCUGCCCACUUACCAUUUCAGCCUGGCCGAAUUGGACGCCCUGUCUCACCUUGGCCAAUCGAACACCCAAAUUCCCCUACAGGACGACUCCCUGAAGACUGGCAAUGCUCUCUCAGAUACUACUAGGAAAGAAUUCGAUCAAAGUGACCUUCCCACAUUGCUAUCAGGCGAGCGCCUAGCCUAUCCCACUUUAAGUCUCGACAAUAGUGUCUACCUCUCUAUACAAACUGAUCUCAUGGAACGCCUGGGAGGCAGCCAUGCCAGAGCAGACCUCCCUCCUGUUAAACUCUUACAAGGGUUUUUAUUAGGCUACAUUUCGAGCUUUCACACACACCUACGCAUCAUUCACCUCCAGACGUUUGAUCCAAGGACGACGCCGAGUCCUCUGGUGCUUGCCAUGUGCAGCAUCGGAGCUCUAUAUCGCCUAGAUCGUCGCCGUGCGCGGCAUCUUUACGAUAUUGCUGUCCGUUCUGUUGAGACGAUUGCACGCCCAUCGCAGCACGAUGACAAGGCUCUCGUCAAGGACUACUGUCUUUGUACCAUGGAUAGCAAUGGGUUUUAUACGGUGGCCAUCUGGCUGAGUGGUGACCAGGUCUUCAACAAAGUCAGAGCUUCAUUAGCUGGAGACAAACCCAGCGUGCCUCGAAUAACCUGGCACGAAUGGAUAGAGUACGAGUCCUGGAAACGGCUAUUGGGGGCCCUCUUUAUAACAAGCACCCUCACAAUGGUCUUGUUCGAUGUCAACCCCGGGUUCAACGCCACACAAGACCUCGACUUUGAAACAUUUGAGGACGAAGAUUCAUGGAGCGCCGAGUCGUCAAAUAAGUGGCGUGAGCUAUGGGCAAACCGACUGAAGCAGCAGCAGUCACGUCCUGUUAGUCGACGUACAAUGCGACAGGUCCUGACGAACCUCAUGUGCCCCAGCAAAUCCCCGUCCAACGUUGAGCCGCCUCGAAUCUCGACCUUUUCGGCCCUUGUUCUGAUGCAUGCUGUUGUGCUGCACAUGUGGCAGAGAUCUCAGGCCUUUCAGGCCAUUGCAGACUCGUCUAUCGGUCAGGACCAUCUUCGUCUCUCCCUCCUAGAGAGCACACUCAAGUCCCUCACUCGAUGCGAGUCCUUCUUGAGGAGCGGUGACAAAGAUUCCUGCCACCCAGAUGACAAUGGCGACACCGAGACAUCACUGGUCUUCAAUAGCCAUGCUGUCCUGAGGAUUGCCUACAUUAGGCUCUUCAAGCCAGCAUGUCAGAUCAACCUGACAUGCCAAGAUCCCGUCGAUAUGGAGGCAUCAAUCACUUCCUUUGUGACAACCAAGAUAGAACGGAGCCCGCAACUCCUCGAGGCCUGCGUAAAGACACUGGAGGGGCUGAUCAUUCCCGUAAGACUGGGCCACAUGUUAGUGCGAAAGACGGCAGCGUUUCGAUGGGGCGUUGAGCAUGCUAUCGCUGGAUGGGAAAGCGCACUUCUAGUCACCAAGUGGGUGCACUCGGUCGAAAUCGACUCCCUGUGUGGCCUACAACCCACCCCUGAGGAGGACAAGCUGUUUGCAAUCAUCCGAGAGGUGCUUGAGGAAGCGGAAUAUGACGGCAGCGAAAGCACAUCACUGGCCGCUGGAGUAGCCCGUACUUGGGGCUGGUUCUUGCAAGAUGUAUGGAUCUGGGCCAUCACCCCUCAGAUGGGAGCAGCCCUUGGCCUCUUGGCUGACGCCUAUGAAAGAAUAACGAGAUCAAAUCGCCGUCAUUCGCUUGGUAGUGGUCCUUAG